AUGUAUGCGACGCCACCACUCAGCACCAAGCCAUCUUUCUCGUCCUUCCGACCGCCGCUCAUCAGCAGUCUGUCUGCGCCCGUCAUCACCACAGUUGACGCAGCAGCAGCUCUUCCUAACCUGCUCGAGCCGUACGAUUCCUGGUCAGACCGCCUCGGCCACGCCAAUUACACCAUCAUGCCAAAGCCAUACGUGCCCGAGGUCGCUGAUUUGGAUUCUCUCCGCCUGUUCCGGGCCGACUGGGAUCAAGCGAGGGUUAACUUCACCAAGCAUAUCGUGCGCACAGGAGAGCACUACGGUACCACCUCCAAGACAUACGCUCUAACCGAGGCGAAGUGGACGGAGACCGAGAAGGAGUGGAAGGUCGCGCACGACACUGUCAUGGAACUCAUUGCAGCGAUGGGAAACAGCGAUGCUGCUGAACUACAUUGCAUGCGCCAACAAGACGCCGCUCCAGCUGCAGUGCCUAGGGGGAUGCUUGACGCAGAAGGCAAAUUCCCUGACCUCGGAGAUGUUGACAUAGUUGGCCCUAUGAUGCGAGACGCCGUCAUGGUUCGCGAACACGGCAUUGAAGAGAGACAGAACGGCGCAUCCAGGUUCUGGAAGAACUUGGCAGGCAAGGUUGGCCUGCGCAAGUGA